GCCUUUCCUCUCUUGAUCUUAUUUCAACUUGGCCUGCUUAAUCAAAAGGAAUUGAACUUCCGCUUAUAUAUCCUUCUCUUUUUCACUGUCGUAUCUUCGCCAAUCCGGCUAUCAAACAUCACACAUGGCUAACGUUCAAAGAUCUUUCAAGGCCACCAAUGCCAUGGAGAGCGGCAACAGGAACAUUUACACUCCACGCCACUUGACGGGUCAGAACUCUUUCAUCCCCAGGCAAAAGAAAUUCUGCUUUUGCUUGGUUUCGGAUGGAAAUUCUUAUUCAUCUCAAAGCGACACUGAGUCGACUUCAACAUCUGAUGGAAGUUGGACAUCGAAAUUUUCUUUCGACGAAAAAAGUUCUCUUAGCAUCUCAACAGAUGAUGCAUCUCACGACUUUAUCUCUUCACAAAAGUCGGAUACUUCAAGAGGUUUCCCUUCCAUCACGCUAAAUGAGUCUGUAGACGAGACAAGGUCUGAGCUUAACAUUCAAAUUCCACACAACGAUAUCACAAGCAUUAAUCACCUCCCGGAGGACUCGGAAAAUGAAGAUCAAGAAGACGCUUUAUCAUUUUCAUCCGUCGAAUGUUCUCUACAAGCUGAACCGAAAGAAUCUGAAAUCAACACAACAACUUCAAUAUCAGACAAUCAUUCAAUCAAAUCAGAUUCAUUAGUAUUUGAUCAUUUAAAAGUAUUAUUAUCAGAACUUAGAAUCCCUGAUAAUCAAUCACCAGAAUAUCACGUUUCAUGGGCAUUUGAAUCAAAGUUUUCCAAACCAACCCCAAGUGAAAGAUUUAAAGAUAUGUUAAUUGAAAUGAACUAUUUUGAAAAAACUGGUCAAAUUAUGGGAAAUGAUUUAGAGUUUAGAAUUCAAAAAUUAAGAUUAGAAAAUCAAGUUCGCUCCAAUGAUUCUCAACUUCCUCAACCCUCUAAUAGAUUGAUUAGAAAUUCUUGGAGUCUAUUUAAAGAAUCUAAACCUCCUUGGAAAGUUUUUGGACCUGUUAAAGCGUUGAGCUCGGUUGAUCUUGUUACUGUUAAUGGUUUAAUAGCCUAAAUCGUUUUGGUACCUCUCUAUCCUUGAAUAAUUACGACUUUGUCACGAUUUAUGCAUUUAUUAUUUUUCCUUUACCUCUUUACGAUUUAUAAAUCAUCACUCUGUAUAAUAUAUGCAUCCUUUUUUUUCCUUUUAUCUCUUGUAUAUCGUCAGUCUAGCAUAUUAUAUGAUUCGUUUUUGAUUGAUCUAAAGACAUUUUUUAUUAUUUUUUGUUUAUUUCCUUUCGGGAUAUCUUCUAUUACUUUUUUUGUUUAGCUUUAUGAUGGACAUGUGUGGUUUUAGGACAUUGCUUAUAAUCUAUUACAGACAAUUGGACCAUUUUUUAUGGUCGAUCAAAGGAAUGAAUAUUAACUGCUGAGACCUCAUUUCUGAAUACC